AUGAAGCCUAAAGCAAGUGGUGCAAAGGAUAAUAACCCAGAACUCCAAAACACCCACCCAAGUAAGCAACAUGACAACUCAAAUUAUCAAUGUGAGGUCGAAGCCGUUCUUAUCUCCCUUCUCUCGCGUCAUUGUAUAGUCGAAAUAUCAAAGCCAAACAAAAAAAGUUCGGUGACGUCGCAGUUUAUCAAAGUCACUGAAAUCGACUUUGACAACGGGGACACCAUCAACGUUUCAGACUUAAUUGAACUCAGGUGCUUCGAACGAAGAGAUUUCGAAGUUCAGAAAAAAGUCGAAGUCAAAACGGCCACCCGUCGGAUACAGAGUUAUAAACGAAUCGAGACUCUUCAUCUUCUCAUCGACUUGCUUCGAGAAUUCGGGUACAGUUUUGAGUCGCGAUUCGUUGAAGGCAAGAAAGGGGUUUUGAAGCUCGAAAACGUUACAAGUGUUUUCUAUGGGCAAAAGAGGAUUUUAGACUCGAAACAGAUCCAAGAGAAAGGCCACAAACUAAACAACUAUCUUUACAAGGAAACCACUGAAGUCGGCUUUUCCCUUAAAGUCGAAAAGAAGAAUCCCUUCAUCCUCUCGCUUCUUGGCUUUUAA